GCGAGAUUUGCUUGGCGCCGUGACCCCAUGUGAAACACCUCCUGCAAUAAACACUCUCCCCUGCAGAGCUGCUCGCAAUGGAGCACUGAACACUGAGCUUUUAUAGCCAUUUCCCUUUUCCCCACACCCCCACAAUUGUUGAAAACUGUUUUAGAUAACAUUUUUAGAGAUUAUAGAACACGGGAACGAUGUGGAUUCAGAUUCGGACCAUAGACGGAAAAGAGACCCGCACCAUAGAAGAUCUUUCCAGAUUAACUAAAAUUGAGUAUCUAAGGCUGAAAAUUCAGGAGAUCUUCAAUGUAAGCCCGGAACAUCAGCGGCUAUUUUACAGGGGAAAACAGAUGGAAGAUGGCCAGACGCUGUUUGACUACAACGUUGGCCUGAAUGACAUUGUGCAGCUGCUCAUCCGCUCCCAGGCUGACCCACCCGACGGCCCCAUCCCAAAGGACUGUGAAGGCAUGGCCUGCAGCUCCGCGCAGCCCCCCCUCACCUCCACCACCACCAUCACCACCUCCAUCACCACCUCCACCACCACCUCCGCCGCCAUCAACAACAAUGGAUCCAAGACCUCCAGUCCUCCACCUGACAAUCAGCCCUCAACCUCCACUCGCUCGUAUCUCAUAGACCCAGGCCUUGGGAAAUACAAGAUAAACGAGCUGGUGGACUGCAGGGACAUCAGCAUCGGCGCCUGGUUUGAGGCCAGCAUCGUGCGGGUGACCCGAGCCUCAAAGGGACAGAAUGGCAAACCCAGCGCUUUGGGACAGGGUGGCAAGCUGAGCAAAAGGACUAACGGCAAGCUGGAUUUAGACCAAAGCCACUCUGGCCUGGACAAUAACGGAAACUCUGUUUUGAACUCGGACAGUGCACCGUCCACCUCUCACACGGACUGCAGAGACAGUGAGGAGGAGGUCGCGUAUCAUAUCAAAUAUGACGACUACCCGGAGAACGGAGUGGUGGAGAUGUGCGCAGAUGACGUCAGGCCUCGUGCACGCUCUGUGCUGAAGUGGGAGCAGCUGGAAGUGGGCCAGGUCGUCAUGGUGAACUACAACAUCGAGAUCCCUGAGGAGAGGGGCUUCUGGUUCGAUGCGGAGAUCACUGCCCUCAACGAGGUCUCCAGGACCAACAAGGAGGUUCGGGUGAAGAUCCUGCUGGGAGGCCCAGGUGACGUGAUUGAAGACUGCAAGCUCCUCUUUCUGGAUGAGAUCUACCGAAUUGAGAAGAUCGGAGCACGUCCUCUGUCUGCAGCAGACGGGCAGUUCAAACGGAAGAGCGGUCCGGAGUGUAAGCACUGCAAGGCGGACCCAGACUCUGAGUGCCGCUUCUGCUCCUGCUGUGUGUGUGGGGGCAAGCAGGAUGCUCACAUGCAGCUGCUGUGUGAUGAGUGCAAUAUGGCCUUCCACAUCUACUGCCUGAACCCUCCACUCUCCACCAUCCCUGAUGAUGAGGACUGGUACUGCCCAACCUGUAAGAAUGACACCAGUGAGGUGGUUAAGGCAGGGGAGAAGCUGAAGGCCAGUAAGAAGAGGGCCAAGAUGCCGUCGGCCAACACGGAGAGCCAGCGGGACUGGGGCAAGGGUAUGGCCUGUGUGGGGCGCACUAAGGAAUGCACCAUCGUCCCCUCCAACCACUACGGGCCCAUACCCGGGGUUCCCGUGGGAACUACCUGGAAGUUCCGAGUACAGGUGAGCGAGGCCGGGGUGCACAGGCCCCAUGUGGGGGGUAUCCACGGGCGCAGUAACGACGGCUCCUACUCUCUGGUGCUGGCCGGCGGGUUCGAGGAUGAAGUGUGUCUUAACAGGAUAAGGCCCCGGCAGCCCAGGAUUCUGUUUUGCAUCUAUACAUCCUCAGUGCAUGUCAGAGCACAUAUGCCAUGUCAUGUGGACCUGCUGACGCCCUUUCAGGACAGGGGCGAUGAGUUCACUUACACAGGGAGCGGGGGUCGCGACCUUUCGGGAAACAAGCGCAUUGGCGAGCACUCCUUUGACCAGACCUUGACCCACAUGAACAGGGCCCUGGCACUCAACUGUGACGCCCCUUUGAAUGACAAGGACGGGGCGGAGUCCAGAAACUGGCGCGCGGGGAAGCCGGUGCGAGUGGUGCGCAGUUCUAAGGGCAGACGCAUCAGCAAGUACGCCCCAGAGGAGGGCAACAGAUACGACGGCAUCUACAAGGUUGUGAAGUACUGGCCUGAGAUCGGAAAGUGUGGUUUCCUGGUGUGGCGAUACCUGCUCAGACGUGACGAUUUAGAGCCGGCACCCUGGACUCCAGAGGGGGCCGAGCGCACCAAGAAGCUGGCUCUCUCUGUGCAGUAUCCGCCUGGUUACCUGGAGGCGAUGGCCAAUAAGACCAAGAAAGAGGCGACCGUGCGAGGUGGUGUCCGGGGCAAGAGGCACUCUGGGAGGGGGCGCCCGCGGUCGCACCCGCUGCCCAAGAAGGUGAAGGAGCAGGAGGUGGAGCAGAAGAGCGUGCCGGCGCCGGUGGAGGAGCCAGACGGGGGGCACCAGAGCAACGGCAGCCAGAAAACUCCCAAGGAAAUAGUUGUGCCCGCGGAGGAGCCGCCGGUGAAGCGUCUGAAGGAGGUGGAGGCGUUCCAGCUCUCCGAGCAGCAGCGGGCCCUGAUCCUGGAGGACGACCUCAACAGGAAGCUGUGGGACGAGGCCCUGGGAUUCCUGAAGGAGGGACCGAACUUCCUGAGGAAGGUGGAGCAGAUCUUCAUGUGUGUGUGCUGCCAGGAACUGGCAUUUCAGCCUGUCACCACUGUGUGUCUGCACAAUGUCUGCAAGACCUGCCUGCAGAGGUCCUUCCGUGCGGAGGUGUACACCUGCCCAGCAUGCCGCCAUGACCUGGGAAAGGACUACGUCAUGGUCCUCAACAAGACGCUACAGGUGCUGCUUGACCAGUUCUUCCCUGGCUACAGCAAGGGUCGAUGAACUGGCUAACCUCAUACAGACACAGGCACACACAUACACGCAUGCACACACACACACACACACACACACACAAACACAUGUAUAUUCAAACACAUACACACACACACACAAACACACACACAAAUAUUUGGAUGCACUCAUACAUGACACACGUCUGACACACACACUAGGCAUGCGUGCACGCACACACAUAGACCCAGAGACAACACAGACACAUCUUCCGUGGCCAGCGCAGCAAUGGCUGACCCAUCCGGAACUUGGACUGCUCCCCUCCUGCCCUCUCGACUUCACCAGCCGGCCGUUCCUGCCCCGGAACGCCCCUCCGAUCGCGUCUCCUCCAGGUGGACGCCCUCCUCCCCCCCGUCUCUGAAGACUGGACUCUCGCUGCUCGACCAGCACUGUGCCCCUUCACACUCCCAGCUGUCCUCGUGGGGAUCGGAGUUCAAAAAUGACACAAAAGCGAAACGUGCAGAAGCAGCCCGGAGCACGCGUUUGGGGUCAGUCCCAGGGAAUGGCGUGGGUUUUGGGGAAAUGGCUCUUUUUGUUUGUCAGUCAGAGGCGCAGAGCCUCGCCGCUUCUUUAAAUGUAUGUGCCUGGUUCAGACACCGCCUGCUCCGCCCCCAUUUGUGUUGCCCUUGUUUUCUGUGUCCUCCCUUUAAAACAUUCAAAGGAUUUUUGUUUUUUAAAAAAAGGCAUAAAAAUGCAACUGUUUUAAUGAGUAUGUUGUCUCUAAAGCAAACUGUGAUGUGCAUUGCCCCCUCUUACAGCUCUUAAUUUUUUUUUUAACCGUACCUGUUUUUUCUGCAAUGAUUGGCAAGCUGUCUACUUUUUGCGUGAGCUUUUCUGUGUUCUCUUCAAUCUUGUACCCUACAGUUUACUGCAGUACUAACAGUUUUAGAAGUCAUGUGGCUGCUUCGCUCUUGCAUUAGUGUUGUGUUAUAUGUUUUAUUGCACUUAUUGAAGAAAAGAGAAAUUGAAAAAAAAAUGGUCACAUCUAAUUUCCAAUAUUACCAAGUAUGCCACUUUUCUAUAAUUUAGUUGCAUAUUAUAUUUUAAUCAUUAGUUCUUUGUAUGUGGCAACCUUACGUGCUGCAAUGUCAGCCUGAAGUUACAUUGCUUCAUAUCGUGAUCUGAAAUUUUAUACAUGGUAUACUUGAUAUGUACCUAUUAAAUAUUUUGAUUCCAAAAUGCAAACCAAA